AUGUAUAUACUGCUGUCUGUCUUGAUCAGCCUACUUUGUUUUAUUCUCUAUCGUGUUUAUAGAGCUAGACGCUAUCGCCAGGAAUAUGAUGCCAUUGCCCGCCAACAUGGAUGUCUUCCGCCACCAAUGCUCCAGAAUCAAAGGCCCUUAGGGGUUGACAGGCUGGAGCAGAUCUUCCGGGCAAGCAAUGAAUCUCGCUUAAUGGAGCUGUUUCUGUUCCAUUUUCGCCAAACCGGAUAUACCCUCCAGCAGGUGUUUCUAUUGACACCCGCAUUCGGCACCGUUGAUCCCGCGAACCUGCGAGCUAUGCUCUCUUCAAAAUUUGCCGACUGGGACAAUGGCCCGCGACGAGCUAUCACUUUUCCCAUGUUCGGGGAUGGUAUAUUCACGCAAGAAGGCGAAGCGUGGAAGCAUUCGCGCGAGAUUCUCAAGCCUCAGCUCUUUUAUAGGACAUAUGAAAAUCUAGAGGUGUUCAAGCAACCAGUGGAAGAUCUGCUGAAUGCGAUUCCGCAGAAAGGAGGCGUUGUCGAUUUACAGCCUCUGUUUUUCCGCCUCACGUUGGAUGUCACGUCUGCAUUCUUGUUCGGCGAAUCGACAUACACAUUGCGAUCACCAGUUGUCGCAGGGGAGAACACAUUCGCAAGCGCCUUUGACACUGCCCAGAAAUAUGUUGUUGAGAGAUUCCGUCUAUUAGAUCUAUAUUGGUUAAUUGGCGGUAGAGAAUUCCGUGAAGCGUGUGAACGAGUACAUCGAUUCGCUGAUCAGAUCAUCGAUCGAAACCUCAAGCCAGAGACAACGGAGAAGUCAAAUGGCAGUGGCAACUUUCUCAAUUCAGUUGCCAAAGAGUGUCCCGACCGUGAUGCUCUGAGAGGCCAAAUUGUCAACAUUCUUGCUGCAGGCAGGGACACUACGGCUUGCCUUCUUUCCUGGACAUUCUUUCUCCUUGUCCGUCACCCUCACGCCAUGCAAAAACUACGGGAAGAAGUCGCCGAAUUGAAGGACAAAGGCGAUGACAUAAACAGGGCAGAUUUGCGGAAAAUGAACUACCUGCAGAACGUGAUGAAAGAAACUCUCCGUCUAUAUCCCUCGUUGCCCGUGAACACUCGAACCGCGAAAAACACUACCAUCCUCCCCACCGGAGGCGGACCCGACAGAAAGUCCCCUGUUUUAAUUCCAAAAGGCUCUGCCGUGGCAUACAGCGUAUAUACUCUUCACCGCAGACCAGACCUUUAUGGUAUGGAUGCUGAGAUCUUCCGUCCUGAGCGCUGGGAUGAAGAUAUGCCGUUGAACCAGGACCCCAUCACCCAGCAAUGGGGCUACUUGCCAUUUAGUGGAGGUCCUAGAACUUGCUUAGGACUUGACUUUGCGCUCGUUGAAGCGGCCUACACGAUCGUGCGGAUCAUGCAGAAAUAUCCGAAUAUCAGACUUCCAGAAGCAGAGACUGUGGAACUAACUGGUGUUGAAAAGCAGAAUGUUACCUUGGUCCUCCAGAUCAAAGAUGGCUGUAAAGUUGAUCUAGCAUAG